AUGACGGGGGUCCAGCGGAUACUUCUUGCGUUGACAUUAUUUUGCGGUGUUUACCUGAAGCUAUGUCUCGCACGUCGGGUCGAGAAUUUCCAAGUGGAGCCGAUAUUGCCGAGAGGUUUUUCUGGAGAUUUGGUGCCAGCUGGAACGGAGCAUAAGGGCCAUCACCAUGAGGAGAAAGGUGGCGAGGAGCAUCACUCUGAUCAUCACGAGGAGCAUGGGGAGAAGGGCGACAAGGGCUACCACAAGCAUCAUGAGCAUGACAAGAAGGAGCACGAGGAUCACGGGAAGGAGCAUCAUGAGGGUCACGAGGAGGAGCACGGAGGGCACAGUAAGAAGCAUCAUGACGAGCAUGAGAAACACGGAAAGCAUCACGAAAGCGAAAAGGGCCACAAGGGGGGCAAAUUCGGGGAGAAGAAGGGGCACAAGAAGGGCCACAAGACCAAGGGGUAUCACAACAAAUUCCACAAGGACGAGUAUCACAAAGAGCACAAGUUCUACGACGACUUCCACAAGGGCGGACAUCAUAGCAAGCACGGGGACUUCAAGGCACACCACGAGAAGAAGGAGGGAGGUCAUAAGAAGGGGGAGAAGGCACAUCACGGCUUUGACGAACAUCAUCAUGGGAAGAAGGGACACGAGAGCAAGGGACACCAUGACGAGGAUCAUAAGGGGCAUCACGGGAAGCACGGACAUGAUAAGCAUCAUCAUCAUCACGAGCAUCACGGGAAGAAGGGACAUCAUCAUGAGGGGAAGAAGCAUGGCUACAGCAAGGGCCACAAGGCGUGA